AGAGUAGCUCUGUCUCCAUCCAGUAAACACGCUGGACUCGGGUCCUUCUGCCGGUCCUGUGUAUGUCCCCCACCCCCCUCUCUCCUCCGGGGGAUGGUGUGGUCCAGGAAGCGCGCGCCUCUGCUCGCCUCUUCUCUCCUCCCCGGCUGAGGCGCAUCAGCAGACUGAAUGGUAUCUCCCUCCUCUCCUCUCCUCUCCUCUCUCCCCCCGGAUGGAUCGCACCGCUCGACCGCCGCCAGCCCGAGCGCUGUAGCCGACGCCGGAGCAGCCUGGACCGGCUCCUGUUGGACGCCGCACCCGGACCCACCGUCAACUCGAAGGCUCUCCCUCUCUCUCUCUCUCGCCACUCGAACCGAGGAAGGCUGAACCCGCUUCGCACAGGAAGCCGCCCGCUCCCCCUUCCUUUCCCCCCCACCAUGGCUUCCAACUUCAACGACAUAGUGAAGCAGGGCUACGUGAGGAUACGGAGUAAGAAACUGGGGAUCUUCAGGAGGUGUUGGCUGGUGUUCAAGAAGGCCUCCAGUAAAGGACCCAGACGGUUAGAAAAGUACCCCGAUGAGAAGGCAGCCUUCUUCAGGAGCUUUCACAAGAGCACUGAGCUCAGUAACGUCAAGAACAUUACCCGGAUGCCACGGGAGACAAAGAAACACGCUGUCGCUAUCAUCUUCUGCGAUGACACGUCCAAGACAUUUGCCUGCGAAUCAGAGCUGGAUGCAGAGGAAUGGUGCAAGCUGCUGUGCCUGGAGUGUCUGGGCACCCGCCUGACGGACAUCAGCCUGGGAGAGCCGGACCUGUUAGCAGCGGGGGUGCAGCGGGAGCAGAACGAACGUUUCAACGUGUACCUCAUGCCCACCCCUAACCUGGACAUCUACGGAGAGUGCACCAUGCAGAUCACCCAUGAGAACAUCUACCUGUGGGACAUUCAUAACGCCCGCCUCAAGCUGGUCAUGUGGCCUCUCAGCUCCCUGCGCCGAUACGGCCGAGACUCCACCUGGUUCACGUUUGAAUCUGGCAGGAUGUGUGACACAGGAGAGGGUUUGUUUACGUUCCAGACGCGAGAGGGGGAGAUGAUCUACCAGCGGGUCCACUCGGCCACGCUGGCCAUCGCCCAGCAGCACGAGAGGAUGAUGGAGGAGAUGGAGAAGAGUUCCCAGGGAGUGGUGGAGAAGAAAGACUAAAAGACAGAGAAGCCAGGCUGCUGAUGACUUUCAUCCCCCGAGCGCAGACGUUCCCCAGCUUUCUGUCUGAUGAGCCUGAGCAGGAGGAGAGCCACCAGCAGGAAGAAGCACCAUCGCCCUCUAGUGGUUGUGAAUCAAGUUGYAGCCUCAGACCGCUUCAAUGACAGUGAGCAGCUCGAGCAACUGUGGACACUUUUCCCAUUUACUGUAGAUUCAGAAGUCUGUACACUGACAUGUAACAUAUUGUUUCUUGGUGAGGCUUCUAAACAACGACUCUAGACUGGGUGGUCCUUGGAAAGGACUCCGGGGGGCUGAUGAUUGCAACCUGUUUUGUGUGACUGCAGAGGGAACGACUGCACCAAAAUAUUGUGAUUUAAAGUGUUUUAUGUCUUCAUUACUUUAUUCUUUCCCUUUAAAAAAAGCACUUGGAUUAAAAAAAAAUGAAAAAUUUAAAACUAACUUAAUGGUCUCAAUUUUUAAAAGAGGUUUCGGUUCCAAAGUUGAUAAAAUUACAUCAUGCUCGGUCCAACAAUGUGCUGCCUCAGCGACCGGUUUCGAGAGAACCUCCACCAGUUUUGACACAUAAUCCUCCCACGCUGAACUGCACCCCUGCGUUCUCCCAAGAAUGUGAAAUCGAUCAUCGCCUUACGCCGGAGUGGUUUGACGUCGAUGGCAGUGAUGAAUCAGCGAAAGCCCCUAAUCGGCUACAAGCGGCAAAGAAAAGGCAGAAGUCAUUCAGAAAUGUGCUCCGAGGACAGAGGGGCGUAUCGCCACGUCGCAGAUGAUAAAAGGGCAACCCUCUCACAUCCUCUGCUUUAAACUGCUCGCAUUAACUUUCACUAGACUAAAUUGACUUUAAUAGCUCCCCGGCUUUACCUGGCAUAUCCAUCAGAAGGAACGAAUAUGAUGUUCUUUAGCAAAAGGUGGAGAAAAAAAGUGAUCUGAUGAGAUGAGGUGUGCAGAACGGAGUGAAAUUUGGCAUUUGGAUCAAAUUAACAAACAUGUAGAUGGAUACUUGUCAUUUAGUUGUUUUACUAAGUUUUUUGUGUCAAUUUUACCAUCUGAUACUGUAUUUCAUAGAAGAGUUCAUCCCAGUGGGGGUGUACCACAGUGUUGAUAAAAGAUGGAUGAAGGCUACAGUUUAGGAAAAUGAAGCAACUGUCAAGUGCCUUAAAUUUGACCUCUGUUUUGAUAACGUCAAAACAAGCCAGAUGGUGUUUGGGUCCAUCAGAACACUUUUUUUUUGUUUUGAAGUUUCAUCUCCGUAAAUGUUUUCUUAAUCGAGUUUAAGCACCAGUAAACCACAAGAUUAUGACCACUGACAGGCGAACAGCAAACAUUCUGCUGAGAGUACAUUGUCAUUCUGAGGUGCAUGGCCUGCAAAUAUUCAUGUGACGGGAUCUGAUGGCAACCCAACAAUAGAUGGUCGAAAAAUAAAAAAAAUUAAAUUAAAUUAGUGAGCCAAAAUCCAGGACACCUAUCAGUGUGACUCUGACUGGUUYGUUAUGAUGGAAAAAAGUUGGCAAGUGGUCAUAAUGUUAUGGCGGUUGAGCAGUACWGUCCCACAAAGAGUAAAACACAUAGGACCCAUAGCUAAAAUGUGUCAGCGCCAAUUUUAUAAUAGCAAGUUGCUAAUGUCUGUGUGAGCUCAGUCAGAUCCACAUUUUAAAUUUUUGUUUAAAAAAAACUAUCAAAAUUAAAACUGAACUGAUGGCCUCAACAUGUAGAACUGAUACUUUGUCCUCAUGGUUGCCUUUCAGUCCAGCACCACCAAUUUGGUUUUAACAGCAGUGUCGUUGGCCGCCAGUUUUACACUUUGUAAAGAAAACAUCUAAAAUUCACCAUUUGUACAUUUUUUUAGAGCAAAAUCAUGUAUAGAUUGAACAAGAAACAUUUAACUUGUUAAUAAUUYAUCUUUAAAGUUGUUUGUGCCCAAACUGUUAGCUAUAAAAACAGGCUAGCUGUCUUUUUUGUCGUUUGUCACAAUGCUCAGUUUUAGCUCAUUACUCUACAAACAGGUUUAUUUUUACUUUUUUCAGAAACAAAACAAAAAACAUAAAAAUAAAAAAGUGUCUGCCAAAAUGUAAAAAAUAACUUCUUUUCAAAAAGUAACUAAUUCCUGUUCUGUUAGCAGCAAUAUGUGCUAGCAAAAAAAAAAAAAAAAAUUAGCAGCGUAGCUAAUACGGCAGCAAGUCUAUUAAACUUAAUUUUUUUUUGAUGCAUGACUGAUAUUUAACUGUAUAUACACACGACCCCUGCRAUAAUGACCCAAUAAUCGAUGUAAUAAGUGCCUUCUGAUGCUGACCGCAGUGACAAACAACCAAAACAGGUUUUGUUUCCUGCCUUCCAAACAGCGACGGAAAGUCUUCAGUUUUCAUGAACGUCUGUGGACUCCUGCUAAUUAAGUUCAACACUUCCUGCCAUCAGACACUUGUAAAAGCAAAGGUUCACUUUUUGUUUUCCAGAUUUUUCAAAGGGGACAUUUCACAAAAUAACUAAUUAAAACAAAUUUUCAUGGACAGUCAGAUGUAGGCAGCAAAGCAGCUUUUUGUGGAUUUUUCUGUCUAGAGGUACACUAUAGUAUUCCCAAGGAGCUGGACAUGUACAAGCACAUUUUGUCUUAAAUUUACAUUUGACAGUGGCUAUUUUAUGUUGUAUUCAUAUAAAACAAUCAAGCAUAAUAUCUGACUGUUGUUAGCCUGCAUUCUGGGGCUGUAAGACAGUUCUUGAUGCAUUCGAUCACAUCUAUAACCUGGUUUUAUUGAGUUGAACUCAAUUGUGGUUAACUGUGUGUAAAUUAGUCCACCUACUUUUGUAGUUACUGAAAUGAACGAAUGUUCUAGCUGAUUGUGCUCGAUUUUUGUUUAUUGUAGCGUUCCACUUGUUGAAGUCACACUUUGUUCCAAUAUGAUUGUUUUGGUACAAUUUUUUUUUUGUUCUAUAUGUUAAUAGCACUUUGAAUACAAGAGCGUAGGACUGCAGUUUUCACUAAAUGUACAUAUGAAAUGUUUUAACGAUUAAGGGUAAUAAAUUGAAUGUUCUCAAGUA